AUGGCGCUGAAAAAGCCGGAGCCUGUCGAUGAUUUCUGGGUCAAGGAAACCAAAGGCUACGAUCUCAGCCCGUAUGCGGACGAACUGCCACUCUGCGAGGAUCUUGAUCCCGGCAUGGUGGGGAACGGUGGCUCGUGCUGGAGCACCUGUCAAGGGCAGUGCCCGAACGACGUACUGAAGCCUGGGUUGGCUUUCGACUUCGACGAGAUCAGACCCGGACAUCCAGGAUGCACCUCCCAUUUCGAGUGUGUCGGAAAUUUCGAUCGGGUGCUUUGUCAUGCUGUGCGGGCAAUGGAUGAAGAUGCACUGGAAAACUUCGGAACCAGGGCGGAGGUAGAGGACUCGAUUCCGGACGUGGGGGACGUGGUUCCCUCCAUGUACAUUCUUCGCCAGGUCCUGUUCGUGCACCCACUCCUUGCCGAUCCUUGUUUGGCCUACUUCGAAGCAGUCGAGUUGCGCAUGAGCUUCCGGGGCGUUGACGACACUCGGGAGUUGGAAUCGCUGGCAGAGGAUGGCGAAGCAGGCCACGACGCGAAGGCCACCGACCAGGUCAGCAACUUGACCGGUGAGUACCUCAACAUAUUUCUGCUGCUUGUGCUCUAUACCCUCCAGGGAAUUCCGAUGGGUCUGUCCGGCGUCGUGCCGUUGAUCCUCAAGGAGCAAAACGUGUCGUUUGCUGAAUUGGGCACCUUCUCUCUCAAUUCCUAUCCCUUCAGCCUGAAGCUGCUGUGGGCCCCGGUGGUGGAUGCGGUCUACUCGUCCAGACUGGGGAGAAGGAAGACGUGGCUUCUUCCAACUCAGCUGGCAAUAGGAUUCGUCAUGAUCGUGGUUUCGCAGCGUCUGGAUCAUCUGCUCUACGCUGAACGGCCGAAUGUGGAAUCGCUCACGGUCCUUUUCUUCCUGCUGUAUUUCCUUUGCGCCACUCAGGACAUCGCCGUGGAUGGAUGGGCUCUGACGAUGCUGCGAAAGGAGAACGUGGGCUACGCUGCCACGACCAAUGCCAUGGGACAAACUCUUGGUUAUGCCCCCUGGACUUGGGGGAGAGAAGGUAUCUGUACCAUCGUAAUCCGCUACAAGCUGGGAGUGGUUCCCCUGGCAAGCUCCGCGCGUCAGGCCAUGGGCUUCACUGGCUUCAUGGCCCUGGAGCACUUCAAUCUGAUAACGCUGUCCGAAUUCAUGUUUCUAUGGGGAAUGGUUUUCAUAGUAGUGACGAUACUGGUGACUAUCCUGAAGUCUGAGGGCUCCAUGCUGCCAGAGGAUGAGCCGGAGAGCAUCGAGACAUCCUAUGCAAACAUGUUCAAGAUACUCCGCCUGCGACCGGUUCGUGUACUGCUGCUGCUUUUGCUUACAAUGAAGUUUCCUUUCGCCGUGGCGGACAGCAUUGCACCGCUAAAGCUGCAAGAGUAUGGAGUCAAGAAAGAGCACAUGGCUUACAUCGCAUCGGGUAUGAUGCCAGUGUAUAUCCUGCUCCCAGCAGUCGUCUCGCGUUGGACGACGAACUCCAUGCCGUGGGAUCUUAGCCUAAAGGCAUACCCGUGGAGAAUUCUUCUGGUUCCUGUGACUGCCAUCGUGGUGUCUGCAACGCCGCCCAUCGCAGAUCGAAUUCCAUGGGCGUUCUAUGCGGUGGUCGUUGCAGUCUCCCUGUUUGCACAGGUUGCAAGUCAAUGCAUGUUUGUGUCCACCAUGGCAUUCUUUGCUCGGAUCAGUGAUCCUGCGAUGGGCGGAACCUACAUGACAAUGCUCAAUACAAUGAGCAAUCUGGGAGGCAUGUGGCCAGGCACCGUCACGCUGAAGCUGAUCGAUUUUGCUACAUGUAUGUCGGACCGAUGUGUUGUCAAAGCUGACGGCUUCUACGUCAUGUCAGGAAUUAGUUUCAUCUACGGGAUUGGAUGGUGUCUGCUGGCUGCUGGGAGUGCUCGGCGAGUGCAGCAACUCAAGCUGAGCCCGGCGGGAAGCGAAAGCGAGGCUUGGGUUGGGGUCGGGCGCAAGAUCUCCGGUGAGUUGGAGAGCGAAGAGGGUAAAGUGCGAGCCGGUUUCUGCGAUGACCUUAUCAACACUUUUGACAGUGCCCCACCUCUGUUUACACUGGGGGCUGUCGCACAGGUUGCUGAUGCACAGCAGAUUGCCGAGCUUACCAGUCCUCGUCUCAGUCCUACCCGGCCAGUGCUCCGCUGUUGCCGUGCUAGCUUCCCGGCAGGAGAAAAGAGGGUAAAGUCUGAUCCGGUGCAAGCCCAUGCUCGUACUGCAGUUGUCGCAAUCGACGAGUUCCGAGAGGCGUCUUCGUCACGUCGAGGUCGGCCUCAGCGGGCUCGACUUCCGGUGCUCCGGUCCUGGUGCAACGAGCGCGUGGUCUACGAGAGAUUACCCGGAUCAAGCUUGCCGACGCUCAGCGCGUGUGAGUUUGUCCAGACGGCCAGUGUAAAGGCCGGCACUGCGAAGGUCAAGCAGGAAAAGCCAUGCACAUCUCGCUGCACUCCUGGAGGAAGGCGAGUAAAAGCCGAACAGCGGAAGCCCUCACCGACCCGCCCAAGGCCAAGCACUAACAGUCCUGACUCGGGAUCCCGCCCACUUGCCGGAACAGACGGGCCAGGUGCUCCGGCAGAGGUGCAUGAAGGAGAGCUUCAACACAAUCCAAAGGUCACUCGACCGUCUCACCGUGAAUUGGCGCCUCUGCGCUCUCUGCUGCGCUCAGCUUCCGAGGAUGCUCCGCGCAAGAGUCAGAGCCAGGUAGUUUUCACCGACCAGCCCAAAGAAGUCGAGAUUGAAAGCUUCAAAGAGUUCAUGUCUGAACUUUGGUAUCCCAAUGAUGACACGUGCCCCUGCGAGCUGUGCGGGAAGUUGGUUCGAGUCGGCAUCGAAGCCUGGUACACUGCGAGCACAGAACAGGUCUCCCAAUUUACCCAAACAGAGGUAGUUUGCAAGUCAUGUCGUUUGGCACGGAAGUUCGAGGAGGUCGGGGGGUGGUUUCUGGUCGCAUGUGCGUGCCGCGACUCCGACGCUGCCUUGCCCAGUGUCGACUUUGUGAAAACCCUGGGCGAGAUCAUUGACAUGGGUCCAGCUCUUCCUGGACGCAGGCCAGACAUCCUCACCGAUCUCCUUGGUGAAGAGGUCCAUGAUGGAGGGUCGUGGCAGCAGGUGUUGCUCAAGGCUGCCGAGGCAGUGCUACGCCUGUUCCCAGAAGGCGAUGAGUCCUCAGCACGCAUGCUUAGCAGCCCCUCCGGGAUGGAUGGUGAGGUGGCGAUAGAGGAGUCACCUUCGCCUCCAGCAAGUGAGCGUAGCACCAGGGCAAGCACUUAG